AUGUACUACUUGAAGUGCGUUUGUACUGCAGUUGAAUGUGAUGAUGCCAAUAUUUUACGGUUUACCAAUUAUAAUAAUUACUGGGCAUUAUCCGAUGAUGAAGAUGAAAUUGUAUACAAACUUUGUUCAGCUCUUAGUCCGGACGUACUUGAUAAUAAAGUUUUCUUUCACAGUGAUGCAUUAUGUGGAGAUUCAGCCAAUGAAUUCUAUGAAUUUAGUCAAAUUCGUCAUCAACUUAUGGCUGUUCGAUCGAUUCUAAUUGCUGGACGUUCACGACAAGUAAAUAAAAUUAUGACUUAUAAAUUGUCGUGGAUGCGAAACAAUUAUUUUGGUCCAAUGAGUCGUUUGGCCGAUCGAUUCAAUCCACAACGUCGGUUGAUGCGUGCGAUGGUUGAGGCUGAUUGUGUCAUUUCAUAG